ACAAGAGCGGAACGAGAAAGUGAAUGGUGGAACGGAAGGUCAGUCAAACACUGAGUCCCGCCUUCCGGAUUUGGCGGGUAACUUAGCAACGCCGAGACCACAAGGCUAAUUGUGGGUAGAGAAACUUGGGGCUGCCAGAGACUGUAAGAGCUUGAGAUCCAGCCGGUUGGCUGCCAUCUUGUGGAACAGGCUGCUGGCAAGAUGGCCCUGAACGUCAUCGGUGUGGCCCCCCUCUUCGAAGGCUUGGACAUCAGCAGAAUUCGGCUAAGGACAGAGGGGCCUCUGAAGCCAGCUCACCCACUGGCACCUUUGGUCCCAUCCAAAACCAAGCUCACCACCAUCGAGACCAAGCGGAUCAUGUCAGUGGUGGAUGAGACCAUCUAUAAGGUGGAGCUGGUCACCUUGCUGUCCUACGUGCAGGAACAUCCCGAGGCCCUGGAGGGAGCACUGCCACCAGAGGUCAUGAGCGUCAUGAAAGAGCACUUGGACUUCUGCCAGGUCCUUCUGCAAACGGUCCACAUCCUUCAGGAGAGAGAGAGGCAGCUGGAGGACUGGGAGGAGGAGGGCCAGCCAGAAGGGUGGAACGAGGACGCCCGCACCAUUGACGUGUACAAGGCUAGUAUCCCGGUGCUCAUGGAACAGGUCCAGGACACCACCAAAAACAUCCUGAGAUGCCUACUCAGCGAGCCCCAGUUAGCCAAGCUGCUGCAGGUGCGGGUGCCCGUCCGGAGCGCAGAGGCCCAGUGCUUCCUCCAGAGCCUGGUGGAGCUACGAGGCUUCCUCUUUGAGAAGCUUCUCACCAGCCCCAUGGAGGUGAAGGAGAGGGCCCAGUUCAUGUACGACAUCACCCGGCGGAACAACCGGAACCAAGAGCUCAUCGACUCUCUGGAAAAGGAGUUGGCCGAGAGAAUGAAGAACAGAGACACGGAGGUGGAAAAGGAGAACUUCGUGAUCCAGGAACUGAAGAACCACCUGCACCAGGUGCUCCGGUUCUCGGAGAACACACUGCUGCGCACGAAGCAGGAUGCAGAGAAGCAGCAGAAGAUAGACUUCCGGACAGGGCAGGCCCGGCUGGCCAAGAUCCAGCAGGAGGUGCUGCUGCUGCGGUCCCAGUACCACAACCUGACCAUGGAGAACUGGGAGGCAGAGCAAGCUCUGCGGAAGAAAAAAUACAAAGUAGAGACCGAAAUCGAGAACUGGAUCCAGAAAUACGAUUCUGAGAUGAGUGAGAAGCAGGAGGAGAUCGAGGAGCUGGACAGCAUCCACAAGGAGGAGAAGCAGCAGCUGGCCGAGCUGCAGCAGCGGCACAACGUGCUGGUGGAGGAGUUCUCCCAGAUCCGGGAGGAGCGCGAGAUCACCUCCAAGAAGAGGAUGGAGGCCGAGCAGGAGAUGCUGCGGAUGGUGAAGGCCGCCACCGUCAUCCAGGCCAUUUGGAAGGGCUACCUGGUCCGCUCUAUGCUCAAGUCCAAGAAGCGGGGCAAGGGCAAAGGCAAGGGCAAGGGCAAGGGCAAGAAGUGAGCCCUGCUCCCAGCCCUGGCCUCCACCGCCUCCCCCCACAGACGCCAGGCUCCCCAGAACCCCAGCGCCAGCCAGCUGGCCACGGCCACUUUUUAGUGUUUGGAAUUUGAAGCACGUUUUAAAUCAUAUUUGUACCUCUACAAAUAAACCUCUCUGAAGGGCUGAGGCUGGGUGUCCUGCGCGGUAUGCAGAAGGUGCAACCAUGGCUGGAUUUCAGUAGGAAUGGGAGGCUGGCCACACUCCCUCUAUCCCGGCCAGGGCCCAGCCAGACACAGCCCCCCAUCCUGGUGGGCGUGCGCUCAGCUGGCCCUGGCCAGGGCCUCCCGCAGGUCCCACAGCUCGCGGAGCGCUCACGGGCCAGCAGCUGGGGCUGGUGCCCAGGUGGCUCAACUGUUUUUUCAUAAUUAAUCGCUAGCAUUUA